CAGCCGAUCACGUACUGUGUACGGGCAGUGUCGAUCAACUCGGUACGCCGAUCACGUACUCCGUACGGCUUUGACUUUCCUAUCGUCUGUUUAAAUACCACGUGCCCGGUGCGUGAAUGGCGUGUAACCCCGGUGUAGAAUGACUCUUUAUCUACGCACACAUGUAUGAUUCACCGACGGGAGGUGCGGGGUGGAGACAGGACAAGCGAUCUUUCACGGCGCGUCGCCAGUGCGCCCACGCCACUAACGUGAGAGUACGUCCUUGCAUUUUGGCGCGAAAUGGCUUCCGCUCGGCGCAGUUACCGGCUCGAUUCUAAAGAAAUUCUUGAUGCUUUGGUAAAUGAUGUUGACUCAGACAUUGAGGAAGACCCGGAAAUUCAAAUUGAAGAGGUAAUUCAAGACUUACAAGAGGUGGUAUCGGUCCAAGAUGAAGUAAAUGAUGAUGCUGACAUGUCAGAAAACGUAUCUGAACCAGACCAGGGACGGAGCCGGGGUCGCUCGAGACCUACACUUCGUGGCAGAACGAGAUCGCGCGGCGGACGCGUUCGGUCAGGAGCGCGCUCGACCACCCGCUGUCGCGGCGGCAGACAUGCAACAACUUCUAUCAGGGAAAAAGUUUUUCAAUUUAGUAGCGCGUUCUCUGGUAAACGCUUACAUUUUAUACAAUAAAUCCAGAGAACAACGACGCCGCCUGCGAUUCUCGCAGUUUCUGAUGGACUGUGGUGAACAGCUGGUGGAAACUGCAUCAGAUGCUGAAGCAGGACCCUCCCGUGGUCCACAUGCUGUCGGGACUAGCACGAGGCUCGUCGGCAGGCACUUCAUGGAGAGGAUUCCAAGCUCGGAAAAGAAAGAUAAAGUCGCACGAGUUUGCAAAGUGUGUGCCGACAUUUUAAAAAAAGAAACCGGAAAAAGGGGGCGCAAAGAGACCAUUUAUUACUGCCCAGACUGCAAUGUUCCCCUGUGCUACUAUCCCUGCUUCAAAAUAUUCCACACAAAAAAAAAUUACGUUACAUAAUUAGCUCAAGUAUGUAAGAUUGUUUAUGUUGGAGUUUUUUUUUUUUCGAUUUUAGACCUCUUUUCUUAAUUUUUUUUCAUAAAUAUUAUUUUUUAUUACAAA